CCCGAAACUGCUGUCGUAAACAGGUUUUUAACUUCGUCCUCAGAUCUUCGUUCGGUACGCUCAAGAACUAGACUUUUAAUAUCGCUAGAUAGUUGCACCCAUUCAGUCGCUAGCUAGGUAUUACAUCACAAACAUUUAUAUUACUUAUUACAGAGGGCCAGGACUCUGAGUUAUUCUAGGUAGACUUCAUUAUUACCCAGAAAUAAAUAAAAUGGUGCGACUUCAGGUCUUUCCCAGCCUUUCCUUAUUGGCCUGCUCAAUGUGGGCGACUGAGGUCUAUGCUGCGGGCUUCGGAAAAGGCUCCGAGGAACAAACGCACACCGAUCCUGGUCUUCAACCUGGCAUGCUCACAAAACGCGAGAAGGUGACUCUGCCGAUUCGCCUUAUUUUGUCAACGCAAGGGGAAAGACCACUUUAUGAGGGUAAGAGAUUCGAGCCGGCAGACUGGUCUGCGGACCUUCCUUCGUUUCAUGAGAGCCACGUCAUCUGGAAAGAUUUGGGGGGCAAUUACGUCGCAUUCGAGAC